GCCUUCCGCGCCUGCGCCGCCGCCGUGUGUGUUUUGCGGCGCCUUUUUCCCUCCCCCUGCCCAAGAUGGCGGCGGCCACCAGCGGCGAGGCGGUUUGUGGGGACGGCCCGGCAAGCGGCAAGAAGACGCACCUGGGGAUUCCCGAGGCGGUCUUCGUAGAAGAUGUCGAUUCUUUCAUGAGACAGCCAGGGAAUGAGACAGCAGACGUAGUGCUCAAGAAACUGGAUGAACAGUAUCAGAAAUAUAAAUUUAUGGAGCUUAACCUUGCCCAGAAGAAAAGAAGGUUAAAAAAUCAAAUUCCUGAAAUUAAGCAGACAUUAGAAAUCUUAAAGCACAUGCAGAAGAAGAAGGAGUCCACAAACCCAAUGGAAACCAGGUUUUUAUUGGCAGACAACCUGUACUGUAAAGCAUCAGUUCCUCCUACAGAUAAAGUUUGCCUGUGGUUGGGGGCCAAUGUAAUGCUGGAGUAUGAUAUUGACGAAGCCCAGGCCUUGCUAGAAAAGAAUCUCUCCACAGCCACAAGGAACCUGGAGUCUCUAGAAGAAGAUCUGGAUUUUCUUAGAGAUCAGUUCACCACUACAGAAGUCAAUAUGGCUAGAGUUUAUAAUUGGGAUGUAAAGAGAAGAAACAAGGACGACCCGUCUAAAAACAAAGCAUAGUUUUGCCAACUUCAAAUGUGGUUCUUAUUUUCAAAGUAUUUUCUUAUUUUAAACAGACCUUUACAUUCAGCCUGUGACGGACUGAGUUUUGUUUAACGUCAUCUGUCAGUAACAUAAAAAUUUUAAAAUAAUGGUGAGCGAGCACACAUGUAUUUAUUGGCGAGCCCAGUUUGGUUCCAUGCAUGCUUUCUGGGCUGGCUUGGCGAAACAGCUGCGGAGGGCUUGGCACGCUGGUCACAGGGCAAUCUGAAGUGCGGUGUAUUCAUGACGUUCGAGCCCAGGACGUUCUAGCAGUCACCAUUUAUACCCUUGCAAAGGGAUUUGCUUUAGUUUAUUGUUAUAAGCACUGGAUGAAGGAAUCCAGGAACAUUUGGCAUGACAUGUCACCUGUGACAGAGCCAAUAUUUGGGGUGGGGAAAUACAUUACAACACCCUGUCCAUUACAGCGAUUUUUAAAAUUUACACGUUGCCCACAUGUUCUGUUCUGAGCAAUUCUUGGCUCAGCUUCAUCGUAGGUUCUCCGUGACCCACCUGCAGUGAAAGCUUUAAAUGAGUAAAUAGCACAGUCUGGUUGCGGUCUGACUUGUUUUCAUUCAAAGGCCCCCCCGUUCACUCUUCCAAAUGUAUAGAACUGGGCGACGUACAGAUGCUAGCAGCCUGUUACAUCCUUUCACCUCACCCAUCCGUCAAGUCCAGACGUCUUAAUGCUUGCAAAGACGCAUCCGGUGAAACCUGCAUCGAGCGUAGAAGCCGUUUUGAGCUCAGCUUCAGUGAACGGGUUGAAUGUUAUUCCCGUGUUGCUUAUUAUGAAGCCUUGCAGAAAAGCGUUGCCUUGACAGCCGCGCUGUUUCUUUCAAGCUGGCCUGCAUCUGGUGGUCAAAUGAAUGGUGGUGUUUACGCCACAGAGUAGCCGGCGCGGCAGGCUUCACUUCAGAACAAAAGCUAGCGUCAACUGUGUUCUAGUUCCAUGUAAUAAAAAACACUUGUAAAAUUUUUGUACUUUUAUUUCAUUAUAUUAAAACAUGGCAGAAA